CGUCCGGUCUGUCUCCCGGCCAGCGGCCGCGGGGGCACGAUGAAGCGGGAGGGUAUCGCUGCCGCUCCCGGGCGGCCGCGGGCGGGAGACGCUGCCCGCGGACCCUAGAUGCCUCUCUAGAGCAUGAGCUCGGGCAAGAGCGCCCGCUACAACCGCUUCUCCGGGGGGCCCGCCAACCUUCCCACUGCCGACGUCACCGCCGGGACCAGAAUGGAAACGACCUUCGGGCCUGCCUUUUCGGCCGUCACCACCAUCACAAAAGCCGAUGGGACCAGCACGUACAAACAGCACCGCAGGACACCGUCUUCUUCUAGCACCCUCGCCUACUCACCGCGGGACGAGGAGGAUAGCAUGCCGUGCCUGCAGUGGAUGAACAGCUCCCCGAUCUGCUCGGCCACCGCGAUGUUGUUCACCACCACUGUCAGCUUGGCGUGGUCCACGGGGCACUUCUCUGGAUGGGAGGGCGUGCUGACCUCACUGUCCACCUGGCUGUCCCGGCCCCGGCAGCUCUGCUCUGAGCGCUGCGACCAGGCUGCACUGGGGGCGGGCUCUUCCCUGGAUGAGCUGUCCCACAUCAAUGCGCGGCUGAACACAGGCAUCCUCGGAUCCUAUGACCCACAACAGAUCUUCAAGUGCAAAGGAACCUUUGUGGGCCACCAGGGCCCCGUCUGGUGUCUGUGUGUCUACUCCAUGGGGGACCUGCUCUUCAGUGGCUCCUCUGACAAGACCAUCAAGGUGUGGGAUACGUGUACCACCUACAAGUGCCAGAAGACGCUAGAAGGCCACGACGGCAUUGUGCUGGCGCUCUGUAUCCAGGGGUGCAAGCUCUACAGCGGCUCAGCGGACUGCACCAUCAUCGUGUGGGACAUCCAGAACCUGCAGAAGGUGAACACGAUCCGGGCCCACGACAACCCCGUGUGCACGCUGGUCUCCUCACACAACAUGCUCUUCAGCGGCUCCCUGAAGGCCAUCAAGGUCUGGGAUAUCGUGGGCACUGAACUGAAGCUGAAGAAGGAGCUCACGGGCCUCAACCACUGGGUGCGGGCGCUGGUGGCUGCCCAGAGCUACCUGUACAGCGGCUCCUACCAGACAAUCAAGAUCUGGGACAUCCGGACCCUCGACUGCAUCCACGUCCUGCAGACAUCUGGCGGCAGCGUCUACUCUAUCGCUGUGACGAAUCACCACAUUGUCUGUGGCACCUAUGAGAACCUCAUCCACGUGUGGGACAUUGAGUCCAAGGAGCAGGUGCGGACCCUGACAGGCCACGUUGGCACUGUGUAUGCCCUGGCGGUCAUCUCAACGCCAGACCAGACCAAAGUCUUCAGCGCGUCCUAUGACCGGUCUCUCAGGGUCUGGAGCAUGGACAACAUGAUCUGCACGCAGACCCUGCUGCGUCACCAGGGCAGUGUGACCGCACUGGCCGUGUCCCGGGGCCGGCUCUUCUCGGGAGCUGUGGACAGCACUGUGAAGGUUUGGACUUGCUAACAGAAUCCAGACCAGUCUUGGCUUCCUCUGGGACCUCCCUAGGCUUGUCCCAACCAGGCUGGCCACAUGAGGGGUCUCAAGGGGCGCUCACUGCCUGCCCUGCGGGGACAGACCGACAGGUUCACCUGGCCAGGCAGUGCCCUCCCCACCCUGUGCCCGGCGAGCCUCCCUCUGCUUGGUCCUGUGAUCGUCGCCGCCAAGACAGUGCCCAGCCCCUCCCGCUGGGUGCCAGGUACGAUGCUCGCCCGGCCCACCCUCCAUCCCUGCCCCAGAUGGACUGUGGGCCUUU